CUGAAGCUUGGGAAGUUCUGUUUGGGGCUCUCCCUACCUCCUCUGCCCAAGGCUGGUCCUGCAGCCGAAGUGACAGCUCACACUGGGAAGAUGUGCUGGUGGAAAGUGACAGCGGUCCUUUUGCUCUGCUCACUGCUGCUCAGCCAGACACACUGCGCUUCCCUGCACCACCGACAGCCACGGCAGAGGCGGAUGACACCUUUCUGGAGAGGAGUCUCCCUAAGACCUGUUGGAGCCUCGUGCAGGGAUAACAGCGAAUGCAUUACAAUGCUGUGCAGGAGGAACCGCUGUUUCCUUACAACAGCCUCAGAGUGACCUGUCACGAUGAAGAACAUUCAUCACCGUUACUGCUAACAGUGCCCCGCUCACUUGUGAAAUAUUUAUUGACUGUUCAAAAUCUAGGACAGUGAAUCCAGCAAUAAGUAUAUUUAACAUUUCUGUCAUACGAACUGAUAAAAGGACUUCAAAGAACUUGAGAGCAUUUCCUAACCAAGGCUGUACCUUUGCAGCACACGCUUCAGGAUGCCUCUCUGGCCAAGCUCAAUAAAAGGACUCUGCACCUC